UUAACCUUUCACCAUCAUAUUAAAAUACUUAUCUGCAGAUUGAUCAGACCUCAUACUCAUCUGCAAGUUUCUUACCAUACACCAUUUUUAGUUUUCUUGCACAAGGAAACAGAAGCACAAGCUCAGCAUAAUCUGCAGAUUUUUCACACAACUUUGUUAUUUCUCUCUUCACCACAAAUUUCUAGUGCUCGGCGAGAGCAACAGCAUCCAAGAUGUCUGACAAACUUACCCGGUAUGCUGUCCUUCUCCUGCUCACAAUACGAUGUCAACAGUUGUUGCGCGAAAUUUACAUUUCCUACUUCUGCCACAGUCAAAGGCUAUAUAUUGAAUAAUUUGCUGAUCCGCUCACUUCUAGUAUUGCCAUCAUCAGUACUGACAAGGUGCGACAAAUUCUGCGUUGAGCUCUGCCCCACCACAUACCCCGCCAUAUGAAUAUCACUGACAAUAUCUACCAUCUAAAUAGUGCAAGCCAAAGGUAAAUAUGCUCAUUUAAUCUUCCCCCCAUUUUUUACAAGUUGCUAAUCGUCUAUUUACAGAAAUGCAGACAAGAAUGCAAGAAAUCCUGCCCCGUCGUUCGAAGUGGUCGCCUCUGUAUCGAAGUUACCCCUGAGUCGAAAAUCGCCUUCAUCUCGGAGAAUCUGUGCAUUGGAUGUGGUAUCUGUCCUAAGAAGUGUCCAUUUGGUGCUAUCAACAUUAUCAAUUUGCCGACAAAUUUGGAGUCCCACGUAACCCAUCGAUACUCUGCCAACAGUUUCAAGCUGCACAGACUGCCUACACCACGUCCAGGACAGGUUUUGGGAUUGGUCGGUUCCAACGGUAUUGGAAAGAGUACAGCGCUCAAGAUUCUUAGUGGAAAAUUGAAGCCAAAUUUGGGUAGAUAUGAUAACCCACCAGACUGGCAAGAUGUUAUCAAAUACUUCCGUGGUUCUGAAUUGCAAAGUAUAUUGCUCAAAUUUCUAAUGAUUCCUGAUAUGCGCUUACACCAGUGUAGACUAUUUCACCAAGAUUUUGGAAGAUGAUUUGAAAGCGAUUGUCAAGCCCCAAUAUGUCGACAGAAUUCCAAGAGCAAUUAAGGGACCAGAUAAGACUGUGCGAGGUUUGAUCGAAGGUGUUGCAACAAUGGAUAACUUCAAGGAGGUCUGCGACAUUUUGGGUAUGUUUUGAUGCCAUAUAUGCAUUUCGGCUCUACUGACAUUGCUUUAGAAUUGAAUCACAUUAUGGACCGAGACGUGAAUCUUUUGUCCGGUGGAGAAUUACAAAGAUUUGCCAUUGCGACCGUUUGUGUACAGCAAGCCGAUGUGUAAGUGGUGUUCCCAGAGCUUUCAUGAAUUCUUACUGACAUAAUUAGCUACAUGUUUGAUGAGCCCUCUUCCUACCUAGAUGUGAAGCAACGUCUUAGCGCUGCUCAAAUCAUUCGAUCAUUGUUGCGACCUAAUGAUUAUGUCAUUUGCGUUGAGCACGAUCUGUCAGUAUUGGAUUAUUUGUCGGAUUUCAUCUGCGUACUGUACGGAAAACCUGCCGUCUACGGUGUUGUGACCCUCCCAGCCUCUGUCAGAGAAGGUAUCAAUAUCUUCUUGGAUGGUAACAUCCCAACAGAGAACUUGCGCUUCCGAGAGGAAUCUUUAACAUUCAAGAUUGCCGAGGGUGCCGAUGAAUUCAUGGCAGACAGAUCUAGAGCGUUCCAAUACCCAUCCAUGGAAAAGACUCUCGGAAACUUCCACUUGUCCAUUGAGGCUGGAGAUUUCACCGAUUCAGAAAUCGUCGUCAUGAUGGGGGAGAACGGUACUGGUAAAACCACAUUUUGUAAAAUGCUUGCCGGCGCUACUCAACCAGAUGGCAAUCAAAAGGUUCCAGGAAUGAAGGUCAGCAUGAAGCCUCAAAAGAUAACACCAAAAUUUGAGGGAACAGUCAGACAAUUGUUUUUCAAGAAGAUCAAGACUGCCUUUCUCUUGCCUCAAUUCCAAACGGAUGUCGUUAAGCCCCUUAAGCUCGAGGAAUUUAUCGAUCAAGAAGUGAAGACCUUGUCCGGAGGAGAAUUGCAACGUGUGGCUAUCGUCCUCGCACUUGGUAUACCCGCCGACAUCUAUCUCAUUGAUGAGCCCUCUGCGUACCUCGAUUCCGAACAGCGUAUUAUUGCCGCCCGUGUCAUUAAGAGAUUCAUCAUGCACUCGAAGAAGACUGCUUUUAUUGUCGAGCACGAUUUCAUCAUGGCUACUUACCUCGCUGAUCGUGUUAUUGUCUUUGACGGCCAACCUGGUAUCGAUGCUCGUGCCAAUACCCCCGAGUCAUUACUCAGUGGUUGCAACAAGUUCUUGAAGAACCUCAAUGUCACUUUCCGUCGUGACCCGACUAACUACAGACCUCGUAUCAACAAGCUCAACUCCCAAUUGGACCAUGAACAGAAGUUGAAUGGUAACUACGUAAGUAUCAUUGCCAAUAAAUCACAAGCAUUGUCACUAAUAUUAUCUAGUUCUUCUUGGACGAGGAUGACAAAGCUGCUACUAGUUAAAGGCGUCUUUGAGAAUGAUUCGUUUCCUCCCCCUAAAAAUGCAUUGCAUGGCGUUAAGGGGUCGGCAUUUCAGGAGCCUGGGAAGAGUGAUAGGCAAGGCAUGGUAAUGGAAGAAGGGUCUUCCGACCAGGAUGAUGAUCCAGGCGGCUAACAAGGGCGACGACAGUCUAUCCUCUUGAUGCCUGGUCCUACUUUUAUGAUCACCAAAAUUUGAAGGAUAUACAGCAUAUAGUGUGAUUCAUUGUAAGUAGAUUGAGGGGUAUUGAAAGACCGUGGAUGACUGACGUCAAUAUGGGUGAAAUCACGGAUCGUAAUGCUAGAUGCGAACAGGCACCAUGCAAUAUAAUUGCCAAACUCAAUUCAUAGAAUAUGGCAUUGAAAGACGCUUAUUAUUUUACAUAUUGAAAGAUAUCUGAACGUUUUUACGCAGGAAGGAUAUCGAGUGCGAAGAAUCAAUAAAUAAUUA